GCUUGAUAUGCACAAGACGGGACUUUCAGGAGAGAAAGGUGCUUAAAACCUGGAGGCAACAUCUGAUUUGGAUAUAGUGUACGAGAGGCGCUCUUGCAUGUUAAGCAUUGGCUGUAUUAGGGGGCCCAAGCUACCAUGGCCUGUCGACGUCUCACAAUCGUUAUCAAAUUAGGGACUAGUUCCAUAGUAGAUGAAAGAACCCAUGAGCCGAUACUUUCGAUUCUCACUCUGAUAGUUGAAGCCGCAGCCAAACUUCGUCGGGAUGGCCAUAAUGUCGUUCUUGUUUCCUCGGGGGCUGUUGGUGUGGGGUUGCGGAGGAUGGAUGUGGAAGAAAGACCCAAGAAUUUGCCUCGCAUUCAGGCACUCGCGGCUGUUGGACAAUGCAGACUCAUGAGCCUCUGGGAUGGUUUAUUUUCGCACCUUCGUUUACCAGUGGCUCAGAUUCUGUUGACUAGGAACGACAUAGCAGAUAGAACGCAAUAUGUCAACGCCCAAAAUACCUUCUCACAGCUUUUUGAUAUGGGCGUGAUCCCUAUUGUUAAUGAAAACGAUACUAUAGCCGUUUCGGAAAUCAAAUUUGGUGAUAACGAUACAUUGUCGGCUAUAACAGCCGCCAUGGUCAAGGCCGACUACCUUUUUCUGAUGACAGAUGUUGACUGCCUUUAUACUGCUAAUCCACGCCACAACCUAAAUGCAAAACCCAUUGAAGUUGUCUCAGACAUAUCCUCAUUGGAAGCCGAUGUGUCCUCAGCUGGAUCCUCCCUUGGGACUGGGGGUAUGAGUACCAAAAUCGUCGCUGCAAAAUUAGGAACUAGCGCUGGCGUAACGACGAUUAUCACCAAGAGCUCGAAACCUGGAAACGUUCAUGAGAUUGUAAAAUAUCUCCAGCAGGUUAAGCAAAAAGAACAUACAUCCACAACACUGAAUGACACAGUCACUGAAGUACCCCCACUGCAUACACGCUUCCUUCCUUCUGACCAUCCGGUUCAAUCCAGGACAUUCUGGCUGCUCCACGGUCUGAAGCCCCAUGGGACCAUAUUCAUUGACCACGGUGCAUACAGUGCCCUCCAGAAGAAAGCCAGUCUCCUACCAGCGGGCGUUAUCGGUGUGGAUGGUCAUUUUGCGCAACAGGAGGCAGUACGUCUGGUUGUAGUACAGAGACUCUCCCCUGAUUCAUUGAAUGGCGAUUUUCUCCAUCACGGCCAGGAACCCAAAGAGGUUGGGCGUGCACUGGUCAACUACGGCAGCCUCGAAAUCGAGCGCAUAAAAGGGCACAGGAGUACUCAGAUCCAGACUUUGCUUGGAUACGCAGAUAGUGAAUAUGUCGCUCUUCGAGAAAAUAUCUCCUUCUUUCAACAGGACGAUUCUCCAUUGCGGUAGCCAACCGUUGGUUUAGGUAAAUGAAAUAAAUGCUUUGCCUAGCUUUCAUACUACGUCUUACUCUGCAUGUUGUGCCAUGAAGAGCGACUUUGCUAUCCUAGGACAA